AUGGAGGAGGAGGAAGCCGGGAGAAGGAUGGAGAGAGGAGAUGAACAGCUGGCUAGGACGACGGGCAGCCGGAGGGUGACGGCCAUCGUCAGAGCUAGCGGCGGUGGCGAGAUUGAGAUACAGAUGGAGGCCGCCACCGCGGUCGGUAGCGCGGCAUCGGCGGCGGCGGCGUCGACGUCGUCGGGUCAGGAAGGCGAUGCAGAAGAAGGCCUCCAGCAGACACCAACAUGGAAGAGAUUUCUAGCACAUGCUGGACCUGGUUUCCUUAUUUCCUUGGCCUACCUUGACCCGAGCAAUGUGCAAACUGAUUUGCAGGCUGGAUCAAUUCACAAAUAUGAGUUGUUAUGGGUUCUAUUCUUUGGGUUCUUUUUUGUAUUGGUCAUACAAUCUUUGGCAGUAAAACUGGGCAUCAUUACAGGAAGGAAUCUUGCUGAGAUGUGUAUGUAUGAAUAUCCAAAGUAUGUGAAGUAUGGCCUUUGGUUGCUCAUUGAGGUUGGCGUGAUUGCUGCCACUAUACCAGGAGUUUUAGGAACAGCUUUGGCAUACAACAUAUUGCUCAACAUCCCUUUUUUGGUUGGUGUUCUGAUAUGUGGAGCAAGCACUUUCCUGCUUCUAGCUUUACAGACCUUUGGGGUUAGGAAAAUGGAGCUCAUAGGAGUUAUUUUUAUGCUCCUAAUCACCGUUUGCUUCUUUGUUGAACUUAGUAGUGUCAAUCCUCCUAUUGGUGAGGUAAUUGAAGGCCUAUUUAUCCCAAGAUUGCAAGGGGCUUAUGCCAUGUCAGAUGCAAUUGCACUAUUUAGUGUCCUCAUUGUGCCGCACAAUCUCUUCCUGCAUUCCUCAUUGGUGGUAUCAAGAAAAAUAUCACCUUCUCCAAAAGGAUUCAAGGACACUUCAAUGUUCUUCUUGAUUGAGAAUGCAUUUGCUAUGCUCCUUGUGCUACUUGUAAAUGUAGCAAUUGUGUCAAUUACGGGGACGAUAUGUGCCAAUACUCAGCUGGUUGAUAACAUCAAUGCAUGUAGUAGUCUUACACUGAACUCGACAUCAAUAUUAUUAAAGAAUAUGUUUGGCAGAUCAACUUCAAAAAUAUAUGGCUUGGUAUUAUUAGCUUCUGGUCAGAGUAACACAGUGACUACCAGCUAUUCUGGACAAUAUAUUAUGCAGGGUUUCUCCGGGAUGAGGAAAUGCAUCAUUUUUAUGAUUGCUCCCUGUUUCACCAUCAUACCUAGUUUGAUAAUUUGCAGUGUUGGUGGUACCCCUUACAUUCGACAACUCAUCAACAUAUCUGCUAUCAUCCUAGCUUUUGUGUUGCCAUUUUCCCUAGUUCCUCUCCUAAAAUUCAGUAGCAGUUGUGUGGUGGAAGUACCAUACAAGAACUCAAAUUGUAUUGUCCAAGCCGCAUGGAUUCUCUCCAUUGUAAUUAUGGGGAUCAAUAUUUAUUUCUUUUGCAAUAGCUUCAUAAGUUGGCUUGUGCAUAGUGAACUCCCAAGGAUAGUCAAUGUUAUAAUAAGCACCCUUGUCUUCCCUUUCAUGGCUGCAUAUAUCGCAGCUUUAAUCUACUUGGCUUUCAGAAAAGUUAAUGCUGCUGGCCUAUUCCCUUCCGUGUCAGUUUCUAGUGGGACUGAAGUAGAAGCAUGGAGGCAAGAUGGCAACAUUGAUGAUAUUGGUGUACGUUGA